CCAGAGAUCAGGUUUAAACCCCUCGCUUCAAAGCACAUGGAGCAGAGGGAAGGAAGAUGGCACCUGCAUUUUGUUCUGAUGCUGGAUCCAGUAUGAUGGUGAGAGAACAGGGAAAAGGAACAAGGAUCUGAACUCUACAGCCCAAUAGAGUCUCUGAGGACUGUAUGAACACAUAGAUGGAGGGAAUGACACUUGUCUUCAAUAUGAAGUGAACUGAUAAAAGGGGUUCAUGGCCCCCUAACACUCACCUAACCCCACCUUGGUUAACAGAUCUCUUGGGUGUUUGGAAGCUUUGUGUUGCCAAGAUGAUGCAGCAGAUUUUGAGGGACAUGUACAUCGAUCCGGACCUGCUGGCAGAGCUCAACGAGGAGCAGAAGCAUAUCCUAUUCUAUAAGAUCCGCCAGGAACAGGUGAGGCGCUGGGAUGAGAGGGAGAACCAAGAGAACCAGGAGAACCAGGACCAGGGAAAGAAGGGUGAGUCUGGGUGUACUCUACUGAGCAGCAGAAGUAUCCAGUGGCUGCAGGGCUGCGAUGGGGAUGUGUGGGUGUGGGUGAUGGGCGACGCUCCUGGGGAUAAGCCUUAUGAGGACAUCAUCAAGGAGCUGAUGGGGGAGAAAGCCAGACGGCAGGCUCAGCAGGAGGCCAAGGAGCUCUGGCGAACCAAAGAAGCUGAGAUCGAGGAGAAGUUCCGGGAUGCUAUGGCGAAGGAGAAGGCCCGUUUUGUGGCAGGGAAGUGGAAAGAAGAAACGGAGGACAGGAAGGCUGCCAAGCAGGAAGAGGAACACAUGCAGGAGUCUCUCAAGAAACGAGAGGAGGAGGAGAGACAGCAAGGUGAGGAGGAGAUAAAACGUGCAGAGGAGAAGAGAGCGAGGGAGCUGUAUAUCUCCCUAGAGCAGGAACAGAGAAGGAGUGAGAAGGAUGACAAGGAAUGGGAGGAGCAACUGCGGCGCUCUAAGAUGGCUGACCAGGAGAUGCAGAGAAAAGCAAGGCGGGCACGGGAUGAGUACAAGCGCCAGUCCCUGCGGGCUAUAGAGAAGGGCCGUGUGGCAGGGCUCAGUGGGCUGUUCCAGCAGGGCCCAGUGGUGGGGAACGGACCAACAGCAGCCCCCUUCAGGAGAUACAGCAACGUGCUAGAGUCCUCCUCCUCCACCACGCACCGCCCCGGCCUCCAGCCUGCUACUCCUCCACUGUACCGCCGUAGACAGAGCCAAAGGCACAGCACCAUUGUUACACAGCCACUGAUGGACAGUCCUGCCUGGGUGAGAGCCCCCCGGCCCAGCUCCAGAGAGUGUGUUUUGCUGUGGUUCAAAGAAGAGCAGACGCCCAAACAGGCUGGCUAUGAGCGCAACAGCACCACCAUCGCCCCCUGGUUCCACGGUCUGAUUUCCAGACAGGAGUCAGAGACCCUGCUGAUGAACACAGCAGAGGGCUCCUUCCUGGUGAGGGUGAGUGACAGGAUCUGGGGAUACACGCUGUCCUAUCGCACGGCCGACGGCUUCAAACACUUCCUGAUCGACGCAUCAGGAGACUACUACAGCUUCCUGGGUGUGGACCAGAACCGCCACGCCACAUUGGCUGACCUUAUCGAUUUCCACAAGGAGGAGGUGAUCACCACAUCAGGAGGAGAGCUUCUGCAGGAGGCAUGUAAACGUACAGUCUCAGCCACGGACUAUGGGGGGCUCUUCCAAUGACCCCCCCCCCACCCUGUCAGGUCACUAUGAACCCCUUUCUGCUCCCUGCAAUGUUACUUUGACCUCCCCACCUGGAUUCCCACCGAGUGAGCCGUCUUUCUCCAGGCAUGGCGCCAUGUCUUCAGACUCUAACCGUUCCACAGGACUGUCUCUACAGACAUCCGUUCACCCAGUAGCAUCUUGCAUGCGCCUCGCCACUAGGUGUUGCAGUGGGGAAUUAUUGGUAAACAAAUUGCUGCUACAAGCUGUUUGGAAACUGGAAAAUGUCUAACACGAGAGAAGAGUGAGCCAUUGGGAUAUACAUUGUUUCUAACUGAGAAGUUACACAAAUGUUGAGCAACAGUGCAAUUCAGGACAAGAUCAAGCUCUUAGGGAAAGAGCAGACUUGUGUACGCGGGUAAGCAGACAGAAACCCAGACACCAGAGGCAACAAGGAACAGAGGUGGAUUGUUCAAAGUGUCUUGCAUCUGUCAAACACUCCUAUUGACACUAUUUCUUGUUGAAGACAAAGAUUCUCACUUUGUACUUAUGCAAACUUAUGAAAAGAGAGAAAUAGCUACUUCCCCACUUGAGACACAAAACACAUUCAGAUUAAACAAAGGUUGUCUCAGAUGUUAUGCUUUUAGGGAGUACUAAAGCUUCAAAGUGGAGUCAUAGAGGACUUGUUUUUAUGCACUCAUUCCUAUUGGGAAUCUGUUGUCAUCCUGAUUGGGCUUUGUUCCUGGGCAAUAAUGCAGUUGAAGGAGAAAAUUUGCAUAGAAAUAACUGACAUAGAAAUUACAUAUACCGAAUGAAUGCACAUCCUCCUCCCAGUUAAAGGUACUAUAAGAAGGAAGUAUUCAUAAUUCCUUGAGGUCCACCCAUCUUUAAAAUGAAUGGAGCAACUGCCCUCCUGUUCAUGAUGCAAGACUUGUGCUGUCGAAGCACUGACAGCUUUUUCCAUGCAAGUGAUAGCCUCACUGGACCCGAGUGGGUAACCAGAGCUCCUCUUUUCCAACGGCCAGAAUCAUUCGGCAGUUAGAACAGCCUAUACUAAACAGCACUAUGCUAAUGCCGCCACCCCCCAGUUAACAUAAUCAACACACACUCCCACCCACCCCGCAAACACACAGUCAAUUAUAAGCUCAGGUUUCCACAACACUGGGAUGCAGCAUUUUCCUGGCUAGUAUAGAUAGGCUGCUGUAGUAACGCAGCAGGAGAGAUUGUGUGGCAGGCAGCCUUUGUCCAGCUUUAGGUGUCAGUUUCUCAGCAGUAUGUCCAGCAUUAAUCAGUGAGCUAGGUGGUCAGUCUGUUUAGAGCAGCCAGUAAGUAGUCAGCCACAGACACACAAAGCUACACUGAAUAUCAACUUCAUCAGUGUCUGUCACUCAUCAACCUGUGGAAAACAGAGAAAAAAGGUCCCGUGGGCAUCAAAGGGAGGGAUCAAAGAUGGAAUUGUUCCUACUACUUUGCCCCAAAAACAAUAAAACACCUUGUCUAAUAUAGAGGGAUUUUGUUUUCCUAUCAGGCAACACCUUUUCCAGGUAGGCAAUAGCUGUAUAUGGAGUUACUGCGCUAAAUUGUUUGGACUGUCCUUCCUGUACUAUUGUGGCCGUUGUUUUUACACAGCACAUUCUACAGAAAUGACACAAAACACAAACUGUCAGAAACAGAAAUUGGCAAGCGACACUGUCACCAGCAAAUUACACAGAUCUGUUCUUUCAUGGAUAAAUUACUCUCAUCUUUUUGAGAUAAAGGAUAGACUAUAUACAUUGUAUAAAUGUUGCUUUACGAAUAGUAUACUGCCUUGACUUGUAGAGAAUUUCUUAACUGCAGGGAAUCAAUUACCAAAGUUAUGGUAGUCACAUUUCACAUAAUUGCCACAAUUGAGUAGUUGCCAACACCCUAAAGAUAACAAGCUAAUUCUAGGGCUUGAACAAAUCAAUCACAAUUAUGGCUAUCAAUUUAUAGUGUAAUAUCUACACUGUCUAAAAUGUUGCAAGAUUCCAAAAUAAAUGAAGGCUGUUCAGGACUUCUGUUAAUUUCCCAUUAUGAACACAAGAGGGCUCUAAAACACAAUUAAGUGAGUACUUUUUAGAAUAAAGUUACCUUUGUUUUUUUGGGGCAAAGCCAAUAUGUCUGUGUUUAUAAAGGAAGCCCAAUUCUGAAAUUUUGCCCAAUUAUUGGCAGGCGCUGAUCUGAUUGGUAAAAAGAUCAAAUAGUGGGAGGAAAAUAUUAGAAUUGGGGUGUGUGUAAAUGAAGCCAUUUUAAUCUGUGAUGAUUAAUUACACAGUGAAAUUGAACAAAAAUGGACAACAUACUUUAUUGCUUAUAAAAGCCUAUCCAGAAUUAAGAAAAUUCACAUUUACAAAAUGUCAUUUGGUAAAACAGAGAACAUCUACAUAUGGGAAAAAAAGAAGUCCCUUUUGUUAAAAACACUCCCACGAUCACAUGGAAGCAAUCUAACACAAGCACACAAAAUUGUUAAACUACAUAAAAGACCUAGACCAUCAGAUGUGUAAAUGGGAGUUGAAGGCCUGAAUGAAAGUCCUUUAAUUUGAUCUUGUAAUGUAUGACAUCUGGCUCAAGUAUAUAGCAUUCAUCAGCUGUAAAGAUAUCCUCAUUCAACAAUUACAUUGUCAAUCGGCAGACACUCUUACACAGAGCAAUUAGGGUUAAGUGCUUUGCUCAAGGGCACAUCAGAUUUUUCACCGAGCAGGCUUGGGGAGUCGAACCAGUGACCCUUUGAUUACUGGCCCAAUGUUCUUAACCGCUAGGCUACCUGCCAUAGAUGGCUCUGUAACACACCCCAUUCUGGUAUGAGGACAGCAGUGGAGGGGGAAUGAGCAGGGCAUCAUUGGACAGGAUGAAGGUAAAGCAAGCUCAAGCAGUUCUAGCUUGCAGCAAACACCGCCGCUGAAAACGCUUUCGGAAGGCUUGGAGUAAUGUUUCAGGAAGUCUGUGCUCAUUCUGUGGCCAGAGGUCACUUGGAUGUGGGCUGGGUGUCUUGUUGAGGUGUAAAGGCUGAGCAGAGGAGACACAAGUUGGGCAUCAAGACAUCCCGUACAGUUGUAAUUGUAUCUUUUCUACAUAAAGUGCCUCCGGGCAGCCCGAUCAGACAGCAUUGUAUUUAAUAUCUAACAAGAGCAGAGUGGAACAGCUCAGCACAUUUUCAA